UCACCACGGAGACCCAGCACCGCUGCUCCAUCCCCUCCUGGCCCGCUGCUAAGCUGAGCGUGCCGGCUGGCUCCAGAGCAGCCCUUGCCCAUGCAGACUGCCCUGGCGAGCGGCGGGGGGAAAGGGAGCAGCAGGCAACGCGCAGCAUGCACUGGGGUGUUGGUUUUGCCUCCUCCAGGUCCUGUGUGGUUGAGCUGAGCCGGAAUCAGAGCCUCACCCUCGGCUGGUGUGCAGGAUCCGAAGAGCACGUCUCCUUUUAUGGGGGCAUCAUCGCUUUCCCUUGGCAGGAUUACGGUGGGAUCAUGGCAGGGCUGGGUUCUGAUUCGUGGUGGAAGAAAACCCUUUAUUUGACUGGGGGAGCCCUGCUCGCUGCCGCGGCGUAUCUGCUACAUGAACUCCUGGCAAUUAGGAAAGAGCAAGAGGUUGAUUCCAAAGAUGCUAUUAUACUGCAUCAAUUUUCAAGACCUAACAAUGGUAUUCCCAGUUUAUCUCCUUUUUGUUUGAAAAUGGAAACUUAUUUAAGGAUGGCUGAUUUACCCUACCAGAACUAUUUUGAUGGAAAACUUUCCCCUCAAGGGAAAAUGCCCUGGAUUGAAUACAAUCGCAAAAAGGUAUCUGGCACUGAGUUCAUUAUUGACUUUUUGGAAGAGAAACUCGGAGUGAAUUUAAAUAAAAACCUUGGUCCACAUGAAAGAGCUGUUUCCAGAGCAGUGACAAAAAUGGUGGAGGAGCACUUCUAUUGGACAUUAGCUUAUUGCCAAUGGGUGGACAAUCUCCACGAGACCCAGAAGAUGCUUUUGUGCAGUGGCCCCUUUAGUGACCUGCUGAAGUGGAUUCUGUGCCACCUAACAAAAGGAAUUGUGAAACGAGAAAUGUACGGUCAUGGCAUCGGCCGCUUCUCGGAGGAAGAGAUAUACAAGCUGAUGGAGAAAGACAUGCGGUCACUAGCAGGUCUCUUGGGUGACAAGAAGUACAUCAUGGGACCGAAGCUUUCCACUCUUGAUGCCACUGUCUUUGGGCACCUGGCUCAAGCAAUGUGGACAUUACCAGGGACUAGACCUGAGAGACUAAUCAAAGGUGAACUGAUUAAUCUUGCUAUGUACUGUGAAAGAAUAAGGAGGAAAUUCUGGCCAGAGUGGCACCAGGACGAUGAUAACACCUUGUACGAAUCUGAGGAAAGUAGUGAAGCUAGCAAGCCUCACACCCCAUUGCAGGACUUCAGCUUUUAUUCAAGGACAGAAACAUUUGAUGAGGAGGGGACAGAGAACAGUAUUUCUCAAACCCCUGACACGGAUUAUACUGGACACUCUCUCUUUGAUUCUGAUGUGGACAUGGAUGAUUAUACAGAUCACGCACAAUGCAAGUGAUGUAUCCAAACACUUCUCCGUUUGUGUCAGAAAUGCCACUUCUUGGGACCAACUUUCCCACGUUCAUGCCAGUGUGGAAGAGAUCAUUGUGCUUGACACAUUUCACAUGCUACCUGCACUAUUUCACUCUUAUUUCAUUUUGUAAAUCCAUUCAGAUGGAGCCUAAGUUAAACAAUUUGAACAAAAAUAGGCAAACAAGAGAUCCAGAGAGUAGCAGGAUCUUAGGCCUACAUAUUGCUCCCACUGAAAACAGAUUCCAAAAUCAUGUGAGUAAACCUACCACAGGUGGAGCAGAGAGGUCAUGAGCACUGCUUUGUGUUGAGUUUCUCAUGGUCACAGCAGGGGGUUGAUAGAAAGGGAAAAGGGUUUAUUGGAAUUCCCCUCUCCCUCCUUGGUAAGCAGUGAUUGCACUGUAUUAAUGCAACAGGAUGCCAGGGCAACUUUACUCAACAGCUUCUUGCUCUCUGGGUGUGUACGUUACGCGUGAGUGUGUAUAGGAGAGGAGUAGGGGUUUGGUCUCCAGUGCUUUCACAGACUGUCCAUCAAUAAAGGCUAGAAGAAAAUGUGCUCAUGCAAAAAGCAACAUUUUAUAAUUCCUAUUCUGUACAAUAGCUUGAAAUCUUUCAGUUUUAUAACUUUUUUAGUUGAAAGGGAGACUUCAAAGUAUUUUAAAUUAUUACCUAACAAUCCCCUAGAAGAUUGUUUAGGAGUCUUGGCUAAACCCCAUCUCAGGUAUAUAUACUCUGCCCAUUCAAAUUCCCCUUGCAGUUUCGAUUAUGUAAAGUGUUCUUUCCACUUCCUGGUGCGAACUGUUGUUUGGUCUUGCUAGAUACUGUUAAGUUAAACACCUAGAAUGCACCUCCCCAGAGUCAACUGCAUUGCAGUGCUGGACACUUCAGUCUCUAUAGCAGGGAUCGGCAACCUUUGGCAUGCAGCCCUCCAGGGUAAGCAAAUGGGCCCAGCCCGCCAGGGUCCUUACCCUGGCGGGCUGCAUGCCAAAGGUUGCCGAUCCCUGCUCUGUAGUUUUUGUGUAUGAGUUGGCAAAGUUUGCGAAGCACUUUGGAGUGCUGCAGGGUAUAAGACGCUAUGUAAAUUCAAGAUACCAGAUCCUCAGAAGUGCCAGAGGAGAACUCAACAUGGGAAGGCUAAGUAGGUCGUUUACAUUGGGUCUAGGGCACCUGACACACUCCCUAUAACCAGGUGGGUGGGAAUGGGUAGGAGAGAACUAGCUGGCUAUGCCAGUUCUGUAGCCUUUGUGGAUUUCCCCAUGCCAGACUGGAUGCUGACACUGAUUUCAAGCAGAGAAAAAGCAUAUGAGGAAUUAAAGUGUGUCAAGGUGUUUGUAAAUAUAUUUAAGAAAAAUCAGAUUUUGGGUUCACGAAUCUUGACGGUGUCCCUUAAAAUGUUUUAUGCAUGGCUUUCAUGGUUUAGGAAAAGUUGUUACAUGAACGGGACCACUUUGCAACAUUACUAGUCAUGCAGCUGAUAAAUAACUUGUUCCUGUAUCUUGUAUUCUGGGCAGCUAAGAGUAAAAGGGGCAGUUGAUGACUCUUCUCAUGGUUGCUAUUGCUUCUCCUAAUACUGAGAAUUCAAAAUAAAUGGAGGAGUUUCCCAAAGCUUUAAAAGAAA